ACAAACUCUAUCAUCCCGAGUCAUCGCGGCCACUUCACGUCAGUUUGGCAACGUCAAAACCCCGGCACGCGUGAAGUCUGGAAGGCUUCGGGGAAAUUAACGAUUGGACAAUGAACGCUCGACAAAUUGUGGAGGAAUUUCAAGUGAAAUUUUCCAAACUCGACUUGCUUCCUCAAGUGCUUCUUGAAGGGAGGCAGCCCCCCCUCUUGGGGAAAGAUUUAACAAUUGACUUUUUUUACGAACGUGGAAAUUGCGCACCGCUUAAGAGACUUGGAGAGGGCAAGGCUGGGGGAGCAUUGCAAAGCGACCAACAGCAACUCUUGUCGGCCUGAUCUUUUGCGCAGAUUGCCCGAGGGGAAGUGGGGCAUUGUCCAGGAGACGUGUGAAGCAGAGGGUCGGGGACGCAGAUGCACCGGGCUCGCUCGCACAGGCGGUUCCUUGCCGGCGUGAAAUCAAUCGUCGGGUCACAAAUAUCACACUCAGUAACCCGUCGCAACGCUGCUACUGUCACAGCUCCACUGUCACCGCCUGCCACUGCUCUGCCACCGUCACCGCCCUCUGCUGCCAGCCACGAUCACCGCUCUCCACUGCCCAGCCACCAUCACUGCCCAGCCAUGAUCACCGCUCUCCACUGCCCAGCCACCAUCACUGCCCAGCCACCAUCACCGCCUCUGCACUGCCCAGCCACCGUCACCGCCUCUGCACUGCCCAGCCACCAUCACCCGCCUCUGCACUGCCCAGCCACCGUCACCGCCUCUGCACUGCCCAGCCAUCAUCACCGCCUCUGCACUGCCCAGCCACCAUCACCGCCUCUGCACUGCCCAGCCACCAUCACCACCUCUGCACUGCCCAGCCACCGUCACCGCCUCUGCACUGCCCAGCCACCGUCACCGCCUCUGCACUGCCCAGCCACCAUCACCGCCUCUGCACUGCCCAGCCACCAUCACCGCCUCUGCACUGCUACUGAAUCGGCCACCGUCACUGCCCUCUGCUGCCCAGCCACAGGAAGCUCACACAGCUGCUCCGUCUGCCCUGCACCCUCCUCCCCCGUGUGCGCGUUUUGUAGCCGCUCGCUGGCUGCUGGCGUUCUAUACCAAGCUCCACCGACCGGCCAUCGUCCUAUGUGUGGGUGGCGCAGGCUGUGCGGUAAAGCAAUCGUCCCACUCCUCCCACAUGCAAUUUUACCCCACGUGGUGCAAAGUGCUGUGUGCAUGGAAGAAGGCAUUGGGUGGGCGGGGGGGUUGUCCUUAACCAAACGUCUUCCAGAAGUUUCUCCCCCCCCCCCCCCCCCCCAUCUCCUUCCCGCUGAGCAGAGCUUGCGUCUCCGUAGCCCAGGCGGUGAGACGUCUCGUGCCUCGUGGUCUGGGUAAACCAAAGGUCUCCCCCCACACACCCGUUUACGAAUCUGUCCGUUGCUGUGGCUUGCCAGAAAUCUUGAGGGGGGGUGGGGGGGGCCUUUCACGUUCUCUGUUACAGAACCUAGUCAAACGUCCAGCCCUACCUACCUACCCUGUACAACAAGCCCAGCCCUGCAGAAGGGGAAGAAGAGACACCACAGCAAGCCCCAUGACACCGCCACAACCAGGGAGUGCCCUUUGACUCGCCUCACUCUGCAUGCGUUAUUCUCAAUGGGUCAUGAGUUGGCUUCGCCAGCCAGGUGUGAACGUGGAGCUGUGUUUAUCGUUGUCAAGGCUGAGCGGGUGAUGGUGGCGAUGGGUGGAGAAUGUGAGGAACUCAACCCCCGACUGCUGUACAAAUCGGCACAAAGUAAACCAGCCGUGGAAGGAGCGGGGCGAGAGUCUUUGCCACCACCAGGGAGUGUCCUUAACUCUUCGUGCUUCACAGCCACACGGCAACAUUUAUAAUUGUUUAUCAAUGGUGAUGGGCCUUGGCUCUUUAGCCCACGAGUGUGAACACGGAGAUUGUGUUUAUCGUUGUCAAGGCUCAGCAGGUGGUGGUGGUGAAUGGGAAACGCAAGCUGACGCACAGAGCAAUCGGCAGCCGCAUUGCUGUACAACACCAACCCAGCCCUGGGUGGAAGGGGGGAGAAGCCGUACGGCCAUUACCAUCCACCAGGGAGUGUCAAUGACUCUUGUCCUUCCCGCACAGCAACUUUGUUUAUCAAUGGCAAUGAGCCUUGGCUGUGUAGCCCACACGUGGACAUACGGAGGUUGUGUUUAUCGUUGUCAAGGCUGAGCGGAUGAUGGUGGUGGUGGUGAUGGUGAAUCGCUGGCAUCCGUUCCUGCCACCCCCAACUUUUGAGAGAGAUGUCUGGGCGAGUUCUCAACCCAGGUAACCGUGUGAGUCUCCGGCCCGAUCCUCGGCCUUGCUCACCAAACGAGCGACGUGGAUGUUUUACUUGAGGUUAAACGCCGUUGCCAUUGGCAUUAUCAACGACUACUUCAGGCUUUGCGUUCGUGUUGGGGGGGGGGGGGGGUCCUGACGUUUUAUCUUCCAGAAUCCCUCGCGUCUCCUGCGUCCUCACGACGCCGGCAAAGAGCGGGAAGAGAGAUCAUCGGUGGAUCCAGGCAGUCGCAAGAUCCCCAAGUCCCAUUUACACAGACGUCUCUCUCGGUUCCAACUCCACGCAAACUCUCUCGUGCGUCCCGUUAAGGAAGUUCGGAUGUCUGGGGCAUCAUCGGGGAAAUCUCAGACAGCGGACCUCCUGGUAACACCGCCAACACCUUUUUGGCCGUGCGUUUGAAUUUGCCUUGCUGCUGCUACUACAAGAUUUGUUUGUAUCGGGGAGGGGGGGAGGGGGGAGGGGCUCCUAACGUUCUAUGUUACAGGACCCCAGCAGUUGUGCCUCGCGCAGACGUCUCGUUCAGCUCCACGCAACUUCCUCAGUGCAACUCCACACAACCUCGCUGCAACUCCAGGCAACUCGGUUCAACUCCACGUAACCUCAGAACAUUUUCAUUCAACCUUGCUCCAACUCCUCACCUCCACACGUUCUCUGUCCAACUCCACGUUACCUCGCUGCAACUCUACGUAACCUCAGAACACCUUCACGCAACCUUGCUCCAACUCCUCGCAACUUCAGUGCAACUCCACGCGUUCUCUGUGCAACUCCCAAGCAACCUCGCGACAUCGUACAAGGGGGGAGAGCAACAGGGAAGGAAGCGCAAAUUGCUCCUCUGUCAUCGGCCAUUCCGGGCCUUGCUGCUACUGCUGCUACAGGCCUUGUGUUUGUGGGGGGGUGGGUGUCUCACGUUCUGUCUUCCAGAAUCCUCUCCCCGGUCUACUUUCGCUCAAACGUCAAACAUCUCGGUACAGCUCCAAACCAAGGAAGCCCCAACGGGGCAGAGAUCCCAGGCAGUGACGGGACAGGGAGCCAGGUCUGCGUCUCGAUGUCUCGGUUCAACUCCACGCGGCUUCGUGUUGCGCAAGCGGAGUGGAGGGCGUGCAGAUGUCUGGGGCAUCGUCGGGAGAAUCCAGGCCGUUAACGGGACACCUGGUAAACAAAGUUAUCACGCCGUUCCCAUUCGUUCGUAUUUGCGUGUGCUAGAACUAGUGACGAAUUGGCACGUUUUGUUCACGCGACAAACUUUACCCAAUUGGCCGUGUCGGGUGGUGGCGGGUUUUAACGACACAUUUUAAAUAUUUACGUGAUCCAACCCAAAAGCAACAACUCUAUUACGCUUUUACAAACGUCGCGUUGCUACAGAAUUAGUGUUCUCAUGUUGGGAGUUGUGGCUGGGUAGGAGGAGGGGGGAGGGUUGCCGUGUCUUAGACUGAUAACACCGCAGCUCCUUUGGCCGUGCGUUUCAAUUUGCCUUGCUGCUACUACGACAGGAUUUGUUUGUAUCUGGGGGGGGGCGGGGGGAGGGGCUCCUAACGUUCUAUGUUACAGGACCCCAGCAGUUGUGCCUAGCGCAGACGUCUCGUUCAACUCCACGCAACUUCCUCAGUGCAACUUCUCGUAACCUCGGUGCAACUCCAGGCAACUCGGUCCAACUCCACGUCGCCUCAGAAGAAUUUUACGCAACCUUGCUCCAACUCCUCACCUCCACACGUUCUCUGUGCAACUCCACGUUACCUCGCUGCAACUCUACGUAACCUCAGAACACCUUCACGCAACCUUGCUCCAACUCCUCGCAACUUCAGUGCAACUCCACGUGUUCUCUGUGCAACUCCCAAGCAACCUCGCGACAUCGUACAAGGGGGGAGAGCAACAGGGAAGGAAGCGCAAAUUGCUCCUCUGUCAUCGGCCAUUCCGGGCGGUUAACGGGACCCGGUAACACAGUCAACACUUUGACGUUCACAUUUGCCUUGCUGCUACUGCUGCUACAGGCCUUGUGUUUGUGGGGGGGGGGGUUCUCUAAUGUUCUGUCUUCCAGAAUCCUCUCCCUGGUCUACUCUCGCUCAAACGUCAAACAUCUCGGUACAGCUCCAAACCAAGGAAGCCCCAACGGGGCAGAGAUCCCAGGCAGUGACGGGACAGGGAGCCAGGUCUGCGUCUCGAUGUCUCGGUUCAACUCCACGCGGCUUCGUGUUGCGCAAGCGGAGUGGAGGGCUUGCAGAUGUCUGGGGCGUCGUGGGGAGAAUCCAGGCCGUUAACGGGACACCUGGUAAAGUUAAAACGCCGUUGCCAUUGGCAUUAUCAACGACUACUUCAGGCUUUGCGUUCGUAUCGGAGUUGGGGGGGGGGGGGUCCUGACGUUUUAUCUUCCAGAAUCCCCUGCGUCCUCGCAACUCCAGCAAAGAAGAGAUCAUCGGUGAAUCCAGGCAUUCGCAAGAUCACCAAGUCCGAUUUACACAGACGUCUCUCUCGGUUCGAACUUCACGCAAACCCUCUCGUGCGUCCCGUGAAGGAAGUUGAGAUGUCUGGGGCGUCGUCGGGAGAAUCCAGGCAGUUUGCAUGGAACCUGGUAACAGCGCAACUCUUUUGCCCAUGUUUGUUUUCACUACAGACGUUGCUACUGCGUUCGCAUCGCAGCUGGGGGUGGGUUAGGGGGGGUGUGUGUCCUAACGUUCUGUCUUCCAGAAUCCUCUCCAUGUUCUACUCUCGCUCAAAUCAAACAUCUCGGUACAGCUCCAGGCAGUGACGGGACAGGGAGCCAGAUAUGCAGCCUCCUACCGCUGUGACAACCCAGUCCUGGACAUGAGGGGCCAGAAACAACCAACAGCGUCCAUCAGGGAGUGUCAAUGUCUCUCGCUACCCACAGCAGCAGCAGCAACAUUAUUACUAUGAACUGGUCGUGAGCAGUGCUGCUAGGUAGCCACGAGUGUGAACACGGAGGUUGUGUUUAUCGUUGUCAAGGCUCGGCAGGUGGUGGUGGUGAAUGUGAAACGCAAGCUGACGCACAGAGCAAGCAGCCGCACUGCUGUACAACACCAACCCAGCCCUGGGUGGAAGGGGGGAGAAGCUGUACGGCCAUUACCAUCCACCAGGGAGUGUCAAUGACUCUUGUACUUUCCGCACAGCAACUUUAUUUAUCGAUGGCAAUGAGCCUUGGCUGUGUAGCCCACACGUGGACAUACGGAGGUUGUGUUUAUCGUUGUCAAGGCUGAGCGGAUGACGGCGGCGGUGGCGAUGGGCGGAAUGGGAGAUGCGCAACUCCCUGCCGCUGUGACAACCCAGUCCUGGACAGGAGCGGCCAGAGACACCCAACAGCGUCCAUCAGGGAGUGUCAAUGUCUCUUGCUACCCACAGCAGCAGCAGCAGCAGCAUUAUUUAUGAUCAAUGGCAACGAGCCGUGCUCUGUAGCCACGCGUGAGCAUCAUGGAGGUUGUGUUUUAUUAUUGUCAAGGCUGAGCGGAUGAUGGUGGUGGUGGUGAUGGGGAAUCAGACACGCUGGCAUCCGAUCCUGCCACCCCCAACUUUGAAAGAGAUGUCUGGGCGAGUUCUCAACCCAGGUAACCGUGCGAGUCUCCGGCCCGAUCCUCGGCCUUGCUCACCAAACGAGCGAUGUGGAUGUUUUACUUGAGGUUAAACGCCGUUGCCAUUGGCAUCAACGGCUACUUCAGGUAUUGCGUUCGUAUCGGAGUUGGGGGGGGGGGGGGUCCUGACGUUUUAUCUUCUAGAAUCCCUCGCGUCUCCUGCGUCCUCGCGACGCCGGCAAAGAGCGGGAAGAGAGAUCAUCGGUGAAUCCAGGCCGUCGCAAGAUCCCCAAGUCCGAUUUUACACAGACGUCUCUCUCGGUUCGAAUUCCACGCAAACCCUCUCGUGCGUCCCGUAAAGGUGUCUGGGCUUCGUCAUGGAGAAUUCAGGCCGGUUUCCGUGGCAGCUGGCAACAGCGCGACUCUUUUGCCCAAGUUUGUUUUCACUGCAGAUGUUGCUACUGCGUUCGCAUCGCAGCUGGGGGUGUGUUUGGGGGGGGGGGGGGGUGGGUGUCCUAACGGUUUCUCUUCCAGAAUCCUCUCCCCGGUCUACUCUCGCUCAAACGUCAAACAUCUCGGUACAGCUCCAACGAAAGGAAGCCCCAACGGGGCAGAGACCCCAGGCAGUGACGGGACAGGGAGCCAGGUCUGCGUCUCGAUGUCUCGGUUCAACUCCACGCGGCUUCGUGUUGCGCAAGCGGAGUGGAGGGCGUGCAGAUGUCUGGGGCGUCGUCGUGAGAAUCCAGGCCGUUAACGGGACACCUGGUAAAGUUAAAACGCCGUUCCCAUUCGUUCGUAUUUUCAAUGUCUAAUUCAGGCUUUGAGUCCGUAUCAGAGUUGGGGUGGGAUUGCUUGGGGCGGGUUGGUUGGGGGGGGGGGGUCUCUAACGUUCUGUCUUCCAGAAUCUUUCCUCGUGUCUACUCUGAAACAUCUCGGUACAGCUCCAAAGAAAGGAAGCCCCAACGGGGCAAAGACCGCCUGUCAAAAGGUUCUGUUCGCUGCUCGUGAAACGUUUAAAAAUGGAGGAUGAAUUUGCGGAGAUUUUUUUUUUAAUUGCUGGGAUGAAAUGUCUCUAUGAAACAAACUCUAUCAUCCCGAGUCAUCGCGGCCACUUCACGUCAGUUUGGCAACGUCAAAACCCCGGCACGCGUGAAGUCUGGAAGGCUUCGGGGAAAUUAACGAUUGGACAAUGAACGCUCGACAAAUUGUGGAGGAAUUUCAAGUGAAAUUUUCCAAACUCGACUUGCUUCCUCAAGUGCUUCUUGAAGGGAGGCAGCCCCCCCUCUUGGGGAAAGAUUUAACAAUUGACUUUUUUACGAACGUGGAAAUUGCGCACCGCUUAAGAGACUUGGAGAGGGCAAGGCUGGGGGAGCAUUGCGAAGCGACCAACAGCAACUCUUGUCGGCCUGAUCUUUUGCGCAGAUUGCCCGAGGGGGAAGGGGGCAUUGUCCAGGAGACGUGUGAAGCAGAGGGUCGGGGUCGGGGACGCAGAUGCACCGGGCUCGCUCGCACGGGCGGCUCCUUGCCGGCGUGAAAUCAAUCGUCGGGUCACAAAUAUCACACUCAGUAACCCGUCGCAACGCUGCUACUGUCACAGCUCCACUGUCACCGCCUGCCACUGCUCUGCCACCGUCACCGCCCUCUGCUGCCCAGCCACGAUCACCGCUCUCCACUGCCCAGCCACCAUCACUGCCCAGCCACCAUCACCGCUCUCCACUGCCCAGCCACCGUCACCGCCUCUGCACUGCCCAGCCACCAUCACCGCCUCUGCACUGCCCAGCCACCAUUACUGCCCAGCCACCAUCACCGCCUCUGCACUGCCCAGCCACCGUCACCGCCUCUGCACUGCCCAGCCACCAUCACCGCCUCUGCACUGCCCAGCCACCAUCACCGCCUCUGCACUGCCCAGCCACCGUCACCGCCUCUGCACUGCCCAGCCACCAUCACCGCCUCUGCACUGCCCAGCCACCAUCACCGCCUCUGCACUGCUACUGAAUCGGCCACCGUCACUGCCCUCUGCUGCCCAGCCACAGGAAGCUCACACAGCUGCUCCGUCUGCCCUGCACCCUCCUCCCCCGUGUGCGCGUUUUGUAGCCGCUCGCUGGCUGCUGGCGUUCUAUACCAAGCUCCACCGACCGGCCAUCGUCCUCCUAUGUGUGGGUGGCGCAGGCUGUGCGGUAAACCACUCGUCCCACUCCUCCCACAUGCAAUUUUACCCCACGUGGUGCAAAGUGCUGUGUGCAUGGAAGAAGGCAUUGGGUGGGCGGGGGGGUUGUCCUUAACCAAAUGUCUUCCAGAAGUUUCUCUUCCCCCCCCCAUCUCCUUCCCGCUGAGCAGAGCUUGCGUCUCCGUAGCCCAGGCGGUGAGACGUCUCGUGCCUCGUGGUCUGGGUAAACCAAAGGUCUCCCCCCACACACCCGUUUACGAAUCUGUCCGUUGCUGUGGCUUGCCAGAAAUCUUGAGGGGGGCCUUUCACGUUCUCUGUUACAGAACCUAGUCAAACGUCCAGCCCUACCUACCUACCCUGUACAACAAGCCCAGCCCUGCAGUAGGGGAAGAAGAGACACCACAGCAAGCCCCAUGACACCGCCACAACCAGGGAGUGCCCUUUGACUCGCCUCACUCUGCAUGCGUUAUUCUCAAUGGGUCAUGAGUUGGCUUCGCCAGCCAGGUGUGAACGUGGAGCUGUGUUUAUCGUUGUCAAGGCUGAGCGGGUGAUGGUGGCGAUGGGUGGAGAAUGUGAGGAACUCAACCCCCGACUGCUGUACAAAUCGGCACAAAGUAAACCAGCCGUGGAAGGAGCGGGGCGAGAAUCUUUGCCACCACCAGGGAGUGUCCUUAACGCUUCGUGCUUUACAGCCACACGGCAACAUUUAUAAUUGUUUAUCAAUGGUGAUGGGCCUUGGCUCUUUAGCCCACGAGUGUGAACACGGAGAUUGUGUUUAUCGUUGUCAAGGCUCGGCAGGUGGUGGUGGUGGUGAAUGUGAAACGCAAGCUGACGCACAGAGCAAGCAGCCGCACUGCUGUACAACACCAACCCAGCCCUGGGUGGAAGGGGGGAGAAGCCGUACGGCCAUUACCAUCCACCAGGGAGUGUCAAUGACUCUUGUCCUUCCCGCACAGCAACUUUAUUUAUCAAUGGCAAUGAGCCUUGGCUGUGUAGCCCACACGUGGACAUACGGAGGUUGUGUUUAUCGUUGUCAAGGCUGAGCGGAUGAUGGUGGUGGUGAUGGUGAAUCGCUGGCAUCCGUUCCUGCCACCCCCAACUUUUGAGAGAGAUGUCUGGGCGAGUUCUCAACCCAGGUAACCGUGUGAGUCUCCGGCCCGAUCCUCGGCCUUGCUCACCAAACGAGCGACGUGGAUGUUUUACUUGAGGUUAAACGCCGUUGCCAUUGGCAUUAUCAACGACUACUUCAGGCUUUGCGUUCGUGUUGGGGGGGGGGGGGGGGUCCUGACGUUUUAUCUUCCAGAAUCCCUCGCGUCUCCUGCGUCCUCACGACGCCGGCAAAGAGCGGGAAGAGAGAUCAUCGGUGGAUCCAGGCAGUCGCAAGAUCCCCAAGUCCCAUUUACACAGACGUCUCUCUCGGUUCCAACUCCACGCAAACUCUCUCGUGCGUCCCGUUAAGGAAGUUCAGAUGUCUGGGGCGUCAUCGGGGAAAUCUCAGACAGCGGACCUCCUGGUAACACCGCCAACACCUUUUUGGCCGUGCGUUUGAAUUUGCCUUGCUGCUGCUACUACAGGAUUUGUUUGUAUCGGGGAGGGGGGGAGGGGGGAGGGGCUCCUAACGUUCUAUGUUACAGGACCCCAGCAGUUGUGCCUCGCGCAGACGUCUCGUUCAACUCCACGCAACUUCCUCAGUGCAACUCCACACAACCUCGCUGCAACUCCAGGCAACUCGGUUCAACUCCACGUAACCUCAGAACAUUUUCAUUCAACCUUGCUCCAACUCCUCACCUCCACACGUUCUCUGUCCAACUCCACGUUACCUCGCUGCAACUCUACGUAACCUCAGAACACCUUCACGCAACCUUGCUCCAACUCCUCGCAACUUCAGUGCAACUCCACGCGUUCUCUGUGCAACUCCCAAGCAACCUCGCGACAUCGUACGAGGGGGGAGAGCAACAGGGAAGGAAGCGCAAAUUGCUCCUCUGUCAUCGGCCAUUCCAGGCGGUUAACGGGACCCGGUAACACCGUCAACACUUUGACGUUCACAUUUGCCUUGCUGCUGCUGCUACAGGCCUUGUGUUUGUAUCAGGGGGAGUGGGGGGGGUCUCUAACGUUCUGUCUUCCAGAAUCCUCUCCCCGGUCUACUCUCGCUCAAACAUCUCUGUACAGCUCCAAACCAAGGAAGCCCCAACGGGGCAGAGACCCCAGGCAGUGACGGGACAGGGAGCCAGGUCUGCGUCUCGAUGUCUCGGUUCAACUCCACGCGGCUUCGUGUUGCGCAAGCGGAGUGGAGGGCGUGCAGAUGUCUGGGGCGUCGUCGGGAGAAUCCAGGCCGUUAACGGGACACCUGGUAAAGUUAAAACGCCGUUGCCAUUUAAAUUAUCAACGACUACUUCAGGCUUUGCGUUCGUAUCGGAGUUGGGGGGGGGGGGGGGUCCUGACGUUUUAUCUUCCAGAAUCCCUCGCGUCUCCUGCGUCCUCGCGACGCCGGCAAAGAGCGGGAAGAGAGAUCAUCGGUGAAUCCAGGCAGUCGCGAGAUCCCCAAGUCCCAUUUACACAGACGUCUCUCUCGGUUUGAACUCCACGCAAACCCUCUCGUGCGUCCCGUGAAGGAAGUUCAGAUGUCUGGGGCAUCAUCGGGAAAACCCCGACAGCGGGACCUCCUGGUAACACCGCCAUCACCUUUUUGGCCGUGCGUUUGAAUUUGCCUUGCUGCUGCUACUACAGGGUUUGUUUGUAUCGGGGAGGGGGGAGGGGCUCCUAACGUUCUAUGUUACAGGACCCCAGCAGUUGUGCUUAGCACAGACGUCUCGUUCAACUCCACGCAACUUCCUCAGUGCAACUCCACGUAACCUCGGUGCUACUCAACGCAACUUUGAUGCAACUCCCAACAGCAUCCAUCAGGGAGUGUCAAUGUCUCUCGCUACCCACAGCAGCAGCAGCAGCAUUAUUUACGAUCAAUGGCAAUGAGCCGUGCUCUGUAGCCACGCGUGAGCAUCAUGGAGGUUGUGUUUUAUUAUUGUCAAGGCUGAGCGGAUGAUGGUGGUGGUGGUGGUGAUGGGGAAUCAGACACGCUGGCAUCCGUUCCUGCCACCCCCAAUUUUGAGAGAGAUGUCUGGGCGAGUUCUCAACCCAGGUAACCGUGCGAGUCUCCGGCCCGAUCCUCGGCUUUGCUCACCAAACGAGCGAUGUGGAUGUCUAUUUUGAGGUUUGUUGACGUUUUAUUUUGUAAUCGGCCACGCGGGGAAAGUUGUCGGCAGGACUUUGUGAAAGUUUUAAACGAGGCAAAACUUGACACCUUUAUUAGCAAAUGACCACAGCGUGAAGUUUAAGUAAUGUGACUUGAAGAUUGAAAUCAUUGAUAAUUGUUUUUUUACCCUUCUAUCUGGCAACAAAACUGACACCUUUUUUGCAAGGAGUCGUGUUUGCAUUGACCACUACCUGCGGUUGAAAUGCAAACAAAAAACAUAACUCUGAUAAUGUAUGCACUGUCCUUGAAAUUGAUUAGUCCACACCCGAGACAGCUAUUCUUAAGAGCCUAGUCUCACCUGGUGUUGGACUUAAUGAUGCCAAAAGGCGCAAAAAAAGUGUCAGUUUUGUUUCCAGAUAAAAGGGUAAAAAUCCAAUUGUAUUCUGCUACUGGCAACGGAGGUUCCUCUGGUGGAUUGAAAUCGGUGUUUUCUUACGGCCGUCCUGAAUAUUUCCCUAAGCCAGCAAAGGGCGUUGAUGGUGACAUUGCUAGCAAGCGGUGUGCAGUGUUGGCCCUUGUGGGUCUGGGGUGGGGGAGGGGGGAGGGGCUCCUAACGUUCUAUGUUACAGGACCCCAGCAGUUGUGCCUAGCGCAGACGUCUCGUUCGACUCCACGCAACUUCCUCAGUGCAACUCCACGCAACCUUGCUGCAACUCCAGGCAACUCGGUGCAACUCCACGUCGCCUCAGAACAAUUUCAUUCAACCUUGCUCCAACUCCUCCACACAACCUCAAUCCAACUCCACGUUACCUCGCUGCAACUCUACGUAACCUCAGAACACCUUCACGCAACCUUCCUCCAACUCCUCGCAACUUCAGUGCAACUCCACGCGUUCUCUGUGCAACUCCCAAGCAACCUCGCGACAUCGUACAAGGGGGGAGAGCAACAGGGAAGGAAGCACAAAUUGCUCCUCUGUCAUCGGCCAUUCCAGGCGGUUAACGGGACCCGGUAACACCGUCAACACUUUGACGUUCACAUUUGCCUCGCUGCUACUGCUGCUACAGGCCUUGUGUUUGUAUCGGAGUUGGGGGGGGGGGGGUCUUAACACCGUGUCUUCCAGAUUCCUUAGCAUCUCCUGUGUCUUCGCAAGGCCAGCAAAGAGAGGGAAGAGAUCAUCGGUGAAUCCAGGCAGUCGCAAUAAUAUUGAUCUAACAAUCACCACAAAUGCUACUCGGUUUGUAGACACCAGGGUACUGUGAGUCAAGAAUGACAUCCUUUAAGGAUGGGAUCAGAUCAGUCCUUGUGUUUGUAUCAGGGUGGGGGGGAGGGGGGUCUCUAACGUUCUGUCUUCCAGAAUCUUUCCUCGUGUUUACUUUGAAACAUCUCGGUACAGCUCCAACGAAAGGAAGCCCCAACGGGGCAGAGAUCUUAGUCCUGGACAGGAGGGGCCAGAGACACCCAACAGCGUCCAUCAGGGAGUGUCAAUGUCUCUUGCUACCCACAGCAGCAGCAGCAACAUUAUUACUAUGAACUGGUCAUGAGCAGUGCUGCUAGGUAGCCACGAGUGUGAACACGGAGGUUGUGUUUAUCGUUGUCAAGGCUCGGCAGGUGGUGGUGGUGAAUGUGAAACGCAAGCUGACGCACAGAGCAAGCAGCCGCACUGCUGUACAACACCAACCCAGCCCUGGGUGGAAGGGGGGAGAAGCCGUACGGCCAUUACCAUCCACCAGGGAGUGUCAAUGACUCUUGUCCUUCCCGCACAGCAACUUUAUUUAUCAAUGGCAAUGAGCCUUGGCUGUGUAGCCCACACGUGGACAUACGGAGGUUGUGUUUAUCAUUGUCAAGGCUGAGCGGAUGAUGAUGGUGGUGGCGAUGGGGAAUCAGACACGCUGGCAUCUGUUCCUGCCACCCCCAACUUUGAGAGAGAUGUCUGGGCGAGUUCUCAACCCAGGUAACCGUGCGAGUCUCCGGCCCGAUCCUCGGCCUUGCUCACCAAACGAGCGAUGUGGAUGUUGUACUUGAGGUUAAACGCCGUUGCCAUUGGCAUUAUCAACGACUACUUCAGGCUUUGCGUUUGUAUCGGAGUUGGGGGGGGGGUCCUGACGUUUAUCUUCCAGAAUCCCUCGCGUCUCCUGCGUCCUCGCGAUGCCAGCAAAGAGGGGGAAGAGAGAUCAUCGGUGAAUCCAGGCAGUCGCAAGAUCCCCAAGUCCCAUUUACACAGACGUCUCUCUCGGUUUGAACUCCACGCAAACCCUCUCGUGCGUCCCGUUAAGGAAGUUCAGAUGUCUGGGGCAUCAUCGGGGAAACCCAGACAGCGGACUUCCUGGUAACACCGCAACUCCUUUGGCCGUGCGUUUGAAUUUGCCUUGCUGCUACUACUACGACAGGAUUUGUUUGUAUCGGGGAGGGGGGAGGGGCUCUUAACGUUCUAUGUUACAGGACCCCAGCAGUUGUGCUUAGCGCAGACGUCUCGUUCAACUCCACGCAACUUUCUAACUGGAUCUCCACACGGUCUCUGCUGCUCAACGCAACCUUGAUGCAACUCCAACAGCGUCCACCAGGGAGUGUCCAUGUUUCUUACUACCCACAGCAGCAGCAACAUUAUUACUAUGAACUGGUCGUGAGCAGUGCUGCUAGGUAGCCACGAGUGUGAACACGGAGGUUGUGUUUAUCGUUGUCAAGGCUCGGCAGGUGGUGGUGGUGGUGAAUGUGAAACGCAAGCUGACGCACAGAGCAAGCAGCCGCACUGCUGUACAACACCAACCCAGCCCUGGGUGGAAGGGGGGAGAAGCCGUACGGCCAUUACCAUCCACCAGGGAGUGUCAAUGUCUCUUGCUACCCACAGCAGCAGCAGCAUUAUUUAUGAUCAAUGGCAAUGAGCCGUGCUCUGUAGCCACGCGUGAGCAUCAUGGAGGUUGUGUUUUAUUGUUGUCAAGGCUGAGCGGGUGGUGGUGAUGGGGAAUCAGACACGCUGGCAUCCGUUCCUGCCACCCCCAACUUUGAGAGAGAUGUCUGGGCGAGUUCUCAACCCAGGUAACCGUGUGAGUCUCCGGCCCGAUCCUCGGCCUUGCUCCCCAAACGAGCGAUGUGGAUGUUCUACUUGAGGUUAAACGCCGUUGCCAUUGGCAUUAUCAACGACUACUUCAGGCUUUGCGUUCGUAUCGGAGUUGGGGGGGGGGGGGGUCCUGACUUUUUAUCUUCCAGACUCCCUCGUGUCUCCUGCGUCCUCGCGACGCCGGCAAAGAAAGAGAUCAUCGGUGAAUCCAGGCAGUCGCAAGAUCCCCAAGUCCCAUUUACACAGACGUCUCUCUCGGUUCCAACUCCACGCAAACCCUCUCGUGCGUCCCGUGAAGGUGUCUGGGCUUCGUCGCGGAGAAUUUGGGCCGGUUUCCGUGGCACCUGGUAAACACCACAAAUCUUCUCUGCCCAAAUCUAUCGCUUUUUUAAAUCCUUUAUAUUAAGUUCGCUUGCUUGCGCGCUUACGACAGUGCAAAUCUUUCGGUCGUUUUUUAACCCACUUUCCGUGAUCCAAUCGGGCUGACAUUUUGCACACAGACUCGUUGUGCGAGACAAUUUAUGUUCGUGAAAAAAAUUUCCGUAAUUUUACACCUUUAUAGGGAAAAAUAUUUUUUAUUAUAUUUAAUUACCAAUUGCUUAAUGGUGGCAGGCAAUCAUCUGACCCAUAGGUGGCAGCCAUCUCAAGCCAGAGGACGAGAGGACUCUAGCCGCCACGCAUAUAAAGGAUUUAUAGUGAAAAACUUUGUUUUUACGGGUUAAUUUUUCACACGUGAGUUUUUGUUAUUUUAUUUGUGUUCGUAUGUCGGGAGUUGACGGGGCGGGGAAGGGGGGGUGGGUGUUGUGUUAACGCCGUGUCUUGCAGACUCGCGUCUCCUGCGUGCUCACAGCAAGAACUGCAACGGGGUGGGGGGAAGAGCGAGAGAGUUGACAGAGUUGAUGGGCGAAUCCGGGCGGUUACAGGAGCCCAGCACUGAUUUUACGCACGCAAACCCUCGCGUGUCUCUCCAUCAUCGCCUUGUGGAUGGUUGUGGUGGUGGUGGUGAUCAGGAGUGGAUUAUGGAGCGAGGAUCAGCAGUGGAUUGGAGUCUUGAUCUGGAGUGGAGUUUGGAGCGAGGAUCAGGAUCUGGAGUGGAGUUUGGAGCGAGGAUCAGGAUCUGGAGUGGAGUUUGGAGCGAGGAUCAGGAGUGGAGUCUGGAGUGAAGAUCAGGAGUGGAGUCUGGAGUGAGGAUCUGGAGUGGAGUUUGGAGUGAGGAUCUGGAGUGGAGUUUGGAGUGAGGAUCUGGAGUGGAGUUUGGAGUGAGGAUCAGGAGUGGAGUUUGGAGUGAGGAUCUGGAGUGGAGUUUGGAGCGAAGAUCAGGAGUGGAGUUUGGAGUGAGGAUCAGGAGUGGAGUUUGGAGUGAGGAUCUGGAGUGGAGUUUGGAGUGAGGAUCAGGAGUGGAGUUUGGAUCAGGAUCUGGAGUGGAGUUUGGAGUGAGGAUCAGGAGUGGAGUUUGGAGUGAGGAUCAGGAGUGGAGUUUGGAGUGAGGAUCAGGAGUGGAGUUUGGAGUGAGGAUCAGGAGUGGAGUUUGGAUCAGGAUCUGGAGUGGAGUUUGGAGUGAGGAUCGGGAGUGGAGUCUGGUGCAAAGUGCCAGCAGACCAGAAUAAUCAACGACUACUUCAGGCUUUGCGUUCGUAUCGGAGUUGGGGGGGGGGGGGUUCCUGACGUUUUAUCUUCCAGACUCCCUCGCGUCUCCUGCGUUCUCGCGACGCCGGCAAAGAGGGGGAAGAGAGAUCAUCGGUGAAUCCAGGCAGUCGCAAGAUCCCCAAGUCCCAUUUACACAGACGUCUCUCUCGGUUCCAACUCCACGCAAACCCUCUCGUGCGUCCCGUGAAGGAAGUUCAGAUGUCUGGGGCGUCGUCGUGAGAACCCAGCCAGCGGACCUCCUGGUAACACCGCCAACACCUUUUGGCCGUGCGUUUGAAUUUGCCUUGCUGCUACUACUACAGGGUUUGUUGGUGGGGGGGGGGGGCUCCUAACGUUCUAUGUUACAGGACCCCAGCAGUUGUCCCUAGCGCAGACGUCUCGUUCAACUCCACGCAACUUUCUUACUGGAUCUCCACACGGUCUCUGCUGCUCAACGCAACUUUGAUGCAACUCCAACAGCGUCCAUCAGGGAGUGUCAAUGUCUCUUGCUACCCACAGCAGCAGCAUCAAUAUUAUUACUAUGAACUGGUCGUGAGCAGUGCUGCUAGGCAGCCACGAGUGUGAACACGGAGGUUGUGUUUAUCGUUGUCAAGGCUCGGCAGGUGGUGGUGGUGAAUGUGAAACGCAAGCUGACGCACAGAGCAAGCAGCAGCACUGCUGUGCAACACCAACCCAGCCCUGGGUGGAAGGGGGGAGAAGCCGUACGGCCAUUACCAUCCACCAGGGAGUGUCAAUGACUCUUGUCCUUCCCGCACAGCAACUUUAUUUAUCGAUGGCAAUGAGCCUUGGCUGUGUAGCCCACACGUGGACAUACGGAGGUUGUGUUUAUCGUUGUCAAGGCUGAGCGGAUGACGGUGGUGGCGAUGGGCGGAAUGGGAGAUGCGCAACCCCCUGCCGCUGUUACAACCCAGUCCUGGACAGGAGGGGCCAGAGACACCCAACAGCGUCCAUCAGGGAGUGUCAAUGUCUCUUGCUACCCACAGCAGCAGCAGCAGCAUUAUUUAUGAUCAAUGGCAAUGAGCCGUGCUCUGUAGCCACGCGUGAGCAUCAUGGAGGUUGUGUUUUAUUAUUGUCAAGGCUGAGCGGAUGGUGGUGGUGGUGGUGAUGGGGAAUCAGACACGCUGGCAUCCGUUCCUGCCACCCCCAAUUUUGAGAGAGAUGUCUGGGCGAGUUCUCAACCCAGGUAACCGUGCGAGUCUCCGGCCCGAUCCUCGGCCUUGCUCACCAAACGAGCGAUGUGGAUGUUUUACUUGAGGUUAAACGCCGUUGCCAUUCUCAUUAUCAACGACUACUUCAGGCUUUGCGUUCGUAUCGGAGUUGGGGGGGGGGGGGGGGGUCCUGACGUUUUAUCUUCCAGACUACCUCGCUUCUGUGUCCUCGCGACGCCGGCAAAGAGCGGGAAGAGAGAUCAUCGGUGAAUCCAGGCAGUCGCAAGAUCCCCAAGUCCCAUUUACACAGACGUCUCUCUCGGUUUGAACUCCACGCAAACCCUCUCGUGCGUCCCGUGAUGGUGUCUGGGCUUCGUCGCGGAGAAUUCGGGCCGGUUUCCGUGGCACCUGGUAAACACCACAAAUCUUCUCUGCCCAAAUCUAUCGCUUUUUGAAACGUGAGUUUUUGUUAUUUUAUUUGUUUCAGUUUCAUUCAUUAGGUUUUGCCCUGUGAGCCAUUCGGCUCUUGAUUUGGGUGUCAACCGCAACAAACAUUAAAAUGACAAGAUACACCUAAAAUUAAUUGUACGCAAAUCUGAACAUCGCAUUAUGUAAACAAUGAAAUGCUACAGAAAAAGCACAACCCAUCCUUUGUGCAUACAGAAAGUGCAAAAAAUUCCAUUUCUGUUUGAUCCCAAUAACAAUCCUACUACAAUACAGAUAAAAAAAAAUCUGUAAAUCUAUACUAAAUCAAAAAAAUCGGGCCAAACCAAUCCCCUCUAAAACUUACGUUGUAGUAACAGUUUUCCCAACAAAUGUGAUUGAAAGUUUACAAUAGCUACAGACACAACACACAUCUAAACGUAGCAUCCUUGGCUAGCUGCAUAAGUCAAUCCAUGACAGCCGGAUUAACAAUAGCAGUAGCAGCGCGCUAUAAUCACAAUACAUAACAAGUUAAUACGUCGGUCAUCUACAGCUCUAUUUAUUAUUUCAGGCCACUGCGUUCGCAUCACAGCUGGGAAUCGGUUGGGGGGGGGGGGUGUCCUAACGGUUUAUCUUCCAGAAACCUCUCCCUGGUCUACUCUCGCUCAAACGUCAAACAUCUCGGUACAGCUCCAACGAAAGGAAGCCCCAACGGGGCAGAGAUCCCAGUCCUGAACAGGAGGGGCCAGAGACAACCAACAGCGUCCAUCAGGGAGUGUCAACGUCUCUUGCUACCCACAGCAGCAGCAGCAGCAUUAUUUAUGAUCAAUGGCAAUGAGCCGUGCUCUGUAGCCACGCGUGAGCAUCAUGGAGGUUGUGUUUAUUAUUGUCAAGGCUGAGCGGAUGGUGGUGGUGGUGAUGGGGAAUCAGACACGCUGGCAUCCGUUCCUGCCACCCCCAACUUUGAGAGAGAUGUCUGGGCGAGUUCUCAACCCAGACUCCCUCGCGUCUCCUGCGUGCUCGCGACGGCAGCAGCAGCAGCAGAGAGGGAUCGUCGGUGAACCCAGGCGGUGGCAGGAGCACCACCAAGUUUGAUUCACACGGACGUCGCUCUCGCUUGGAACUGCGCGCAAACCCUCGUGUGUGUGUGUGUGUGAGUAUGUGUGAGUGUGUGUCUGUCGUGCGCCGAUGUCUGGGCGUUGUCGUCGGAGAAUCCAGGCCGCUGUCUGGGGCACCUGGUGACUACGGAAUAAAUCCUCCGGCACGAAUCCAUUGCUGUUACAAACGUCGCUGUGUUUCUUCGGAAUUUGUGUUCGUGUGUCGUGAGUCGGAGGUGCGGGACUGGGAGGGGGGGGGUGUUAACGCCGUGUCUUGCAGACUCCCUUGCGUCUCUGCGUGCUCAUAGCAACAGCAGCAGCAGCAAAGAGGGGGAACAGAGAUCAUCGGUGAAUCCAGGCAGUCACAAGAUCCCCAAGUCCGAUUUACACAGACGUCGCUCUCGGUUCGAACUCCACGCAAACCGUCUCGUGCGUCCCGUGAAAGAAGUGCAGAUGUCUGGGGCGUCGUCGGGAGAAUCCAGGCAGUUAACGGGACACCUGGUAAACAAAGUUACCACGCCGUUGCCUUUCGUUCGUAUUUUCAAUGUCUAAUUCAGGCUUUGAGUCCGUAUCAGAGUUGGUGGGAUUGGUUGGGGGGGGGGGGUCUCUAACGAUCUGUCUUCCAGAAUCUUUCCUCGUGUCUACUCUGAAACAUCUCGGUACAGCUCCAACGAAAGGAAUCCCCAACGUGGCAGAGAUCCCAGUCCUGGACAGGAGAGCCAGAGACAACCAACAGCGUCCAUCAGGGAGUGUCAAUGUCUCUUGCUACCCACAGCAGCAGCAGCAGCAGCAUUAUUUAUGAUCAAUGGCAAUGAGCCGUGCUCUGUAGCCACGCGUGAGCAUCAUGGAGUUUGUGUUUUAUUGUUGUCAAGGCUGAGCGGAUGGUGGUGGUGAUGGGGAAUCAGACACGCUGGCAUCCGUUCCUGCCACCCCCAACUUUGAGAGAGAUGUCUGGGCGAGUUCUCAACCCAGGUAACCGUGCGAGUCUCCGGCCCGAUCCUCGGCCUUGCUCACCAAACGAGCGACGUGGAUGUUGUACUUGAGGUUAAACGCCGUUGCCAUUGGCAUUAUCAACGACUACUUCAGGCUUUGCGUUCGUGUCGGAGUUGGGGGGGGGGGGGGGGGUCCUGACGUUUUAUCUUCCAGAAUCCCUCGCGUCUCCUGCGUCCUCGCGACGCCGUCAAAGAGGGGGAAGAGAGAUCAUCGGUGGAUCCAGGCAGUCACAAGAUCCCCAAGUUCGAUUUACACAGACGUCUCUCUCGGUUCGAACUCCACGCAAACCCUCUCGUGCGUCCCGUGAAGGAAGUUCAGAUGUCUGGGGCAUCAUCGGGGAAAUCUCAGACAGCGGACCUCCUGGUAACACCGCCAACACCUUUUUGGCCGUGCGUUUGAAUUUGCCUUGCUGCUACUACUACAGGGUUUGUUUGUAUCGGGGAGGGGGGAGGGGCUCCUAACGUUCUAUGUUACAGGACCCCAGCAGUUGUGCUUAGCGCAGACGUCUCGUUCAACUCCACGCAACUUCCUCAGUGCAACUCCACGUAACCUCGGUGCUACUCAACGCAACUUUGAUGCAACUCCCAACAGCAUCCAUCAGGGAGUGUCAAUGUCUCUUGCUACCCACAGCAGCAGAAAAACAUUAUAACUAUGAACUGGUCAUGAGCAGUGCUGCUAGGUAGCCACGAGUGUGAACACGGAGGUUGUGUUUAUCGUUGUCAAGGCUCGGCAGGUGGUGGUGGUGGUGAAUGUGAAACGCAAGCUGACGCACAGAGCAAGCAGCCGCACUGCUGUACAACACCAACCCAGGGAGUGUCAAUGACUCUUGUAUUUCCCACACAGCAACUUUAUUUAUCAAUGUCAAUGAGCCGUGCUCUGUAGCCACGCGUGAGCAUCAUGGAGGUUGUGUUUUAUUAUUGUCAAGGCUGAGCGGAUGGUGGUGGUGGUGGUGAUGGGGAAUCAGACACGCUGGCAUCCGUUCCUGCCACCCCCAACUUUGAGAGAGAUGUCUGGGCGAGUUCUCAACCCAGACUCCCUCGCGUCUCCUGCGUGCUCGCGACGGCAGCAGCAGCAGCAGCAGAGAGAGGGAUCGUCGGUGAACCCAGGCGGUGGCAGGAGCACCACCAAGUUUGAUUCACACGGACGUCGCUCUCGCUUGGAACUGCGCGCAAACCCUCGUGCGUGUGAGUGUGUGUGUCCGUCGUGCGCCGAUGUCUAGGCGUUGUCGUCGGAGAAUCCAGGCCGCUGUCUGGGGCACCUGGUGACUACGGAAUAAAUCCUCUGGCACGAAUCCAUUGCUGUUACAAACGUCGCUGUGUUUCUUCGGAAUUUGUGUUCGUGUGUAGUGAGUCGGAGGUGCGGGACGGGGGGGGGGGUUUGUGUUCACGGUGUCUUGCAGACUCCCUCGCGUCUCCUGCUUGCUCGCAUCAACAGCGGCAAAGGGAGAGAGAGAUCAUCGGUGAAUCCAGGCAGUCGCAAGAUCCCCAAGUCCGAUUUACACAGACGUCUCAGUUCGAACUCCACGCAAACCCUCUCGUGCGUCCCGUAAAGGAAGUGCGGAUGUCUGGGGCGUCGUCGGGAGAAUCCAGGCAGUUUCCAUGGAACCUGGUAACAGCGCGACUCUUUUGCCACCUGUUCAAGUUUGUUUUCACUACAGACGUUGCUACUGCGUUCGCAUCGCAGCUGGGGGUCGGUUGGGGGGGGUGGGUGUCCUAACGGUUUAUUUUCCAGAAACCUCUCCCUGGUCUACUCUCGCUCAAACGUCAAACAUCUCGGUACAGCUCCAAACCAAGGAAGUCCCAACGGGGCAGAGAUCCCAGGCAGUGACGGGACAGGGAGCCAGGUCUGCGUCUCGAUGUCUCGGUUCAACUCCACGCGGCUUCGUGUUGCGCAAGCGGAGUGGAGGGCGUGCAGAUGUCUGGGGCGUCGUCGGGAGAAUCCAGGCCGUUAACGGGACACCUGGUAAAGUUAAAACGCCGUUGCCAUUCGAAUUAUCAACGACUACUUCAGGCUUUGCGUUCGUAUCGGAGUUUGGGGGGGGGGGGGUCCUGACGUUUUAUCUUCCAGAAUCCCCCGCGUCUCCUGCGUACUCGCAACUCCAGCUAAGAAGAGAUCAUCGGUGAAUCCAGGCAGUCGCAAGAUCCCCAAGUCCGAUUUACACAGACGUCUCUCUCGGUUCGAACUCCACGCAAACCCUCUCGUGCGUCCCGUAAAGGAAGUUCAGAUGUCUGGGGCGUCGUCGGGAGAAUCCAGGCAGUUUCCAUGGAACCUGGUAACAGCGCAACUCUUUUGCCCAAGUUUGUUUUCACUACAGACGUUGCUACUGCGUUCGCAUCGCAGCUGGGGGUGGGUUAGGGGGGGUGUGUGUCCUAACGUUCUGUCUUCCAGAAUCCUCUCCAUGUUCUACUCUCGCUCAAAUCAAACAUCUCGGUACAGCUCCAGGCAGUGACGGGACAGGGAGCCAGAUAUGCAACCCCCUGCCACUGUUACAACCAAGUCCUGGACAUGAGGGGCCAGAGACAACCAACAGCGUCCAUCAGGGAGUGUCAAUGUCUCUUGCUACCCACAGCAGCAGCAGGAACAUUAUUACUAUGAACUGGUCACGAGCAGUGCUGCUAGGUAGCCACGAGUGUGAACACGGAGGUUGUGUUUAUCGUUGUCAAGGCUCGGCAGGUGGUGGUGGUGAAUGUGAAACGCAAGCUGACGCACAGAGCAAGCAGCGGCCGCACUGCUGUACAACACCAACCCAGCCCUGGGUGGAAGGUGGGAGAAGCCGUACGGCCAUUACCAUCCACCAGGGAGUGUCAAUGACUCGUGUACUUCCCGCACAGCAACUUUAUUUAUCAAUGGCAAUGAGCCUUGGCUGUGUAGCCCACACGUGGACAUACGGAGGUUGUGUUUAUCGUUGUCAAGGCUGAGCGGAUGACGGCGGUGGUGGUGAUGGGGAAUCGGACACGCUGGCAUCCAUUCCUGCCACCCCCAACUUUGAGAGAGAUGUCUGGGCGAGUUCUCAACCCAGGUAACCGUGCGAGUCUCCGGCCCGAUCCUCGGCCUUGCUCGCCAAACGAGCGAUGUGGAUGUUGUACUUGAGGUUAAACGCCGUUGCCAUUGGCAUUAUCAACGACUACUUCAGGCUUUGCGUUCGUAUCGGAGUUGGGGAGGGGGGGGGUCCUGACGUUUUAUCUUCCAGAAUCCCUCGCGUCUCCUGCGUCCUCGCGACGCCGGCAAAGAGCGGGAAGAGAGAUCAACGGUGAAUCCAGGCAGUCGCAAGAUCCCCAAGUCCCAUUUACACAGACGUCUCUCUCGGUUCCAACUCCACGCAAACCCUCUCGUGCGUCCCGUGAAGGUGUCUGGGCUUCGUCGCGGAGAAUUCGGGCCGGUUUCCGUGGCACCUGGUAAACACCACAAAUCUUCUCUGCCAAAAUCUAAUGCUUUUUUAAAUCCUUUAUAUUAAGUUCACUUGCUUGCGCGCUUACGACCGUGCAAAUCUUUCGGUCGUUUUUUAACCCACUUCCCGUGAUCCAAUCGAGCUGACAUUUUGCACACAGACUCGUUGUGCGAGACAAUUAAUGUUCGUGAAAAAAAUUUCCGUAAUUUUACACUUUUAUAGGGAAAAAUAUUUUUUAUUAUAUUUAAUUACCAAUUGCUUAAUGGUGGCAGGCAAUCAUCUGACCCAUAGGUGGCAGCCAUCUCAAGCCAGAGGACGAGAGGACUCUAGCCGCCACACAUAUAAAGGAUUUAUAGUGAAAAACUUUGUUUUUACGGGUUAAUUUUUCACACGUGAGUUUUUGUUAUUUUAUUUGUGUUCGUAUGUCGGGAGUUGACGGGGCGGGGAAGGGGGGUGGGUGUUGCAGACUCGCGUCUCCUGCGUGCUGGCAACAAGAACUGCAACGGGGUGGGGGGGGGAAGAGCGAGAGAGUUGACAGAGUUGAUGGGCGAAUCCGGGCGGUUACAGGAGCCCAGCACUGAUUUUACGCACGCAAACCCUCGCGUGUCUCUCCAUCAUCGCCUUGUGGAUGGUUGUGGUGGUGGUGGUGAUCAGGAGUGGAUUAUGGAGCGAGGAGCAGCAGUGGAUUGGAGUCUUGAUCUGGAGUGGAGUUUGGAGCGAAGAUCAGGAGUGGAGUUUGGAGCGAGGUUCUGGAGUGGAGUUUGGAGCGAGGAUCAGGAUCUGGAGUGGAGUUUGGAGCGAGGAUCAGGAGUGGAGUCUGGAGUGAGGAUCAGGAGUGGAGUGAGGAUCUGGAGUGGAGUUUGGAGUGAGGAUCUGCAGUGGAGUCUGGAGUGAGGAUCAGGAGUGGAGUCUGGAGUGAAGAUCAGGAGUGGAGCGAGGAUCUGGAGUGGAGUUUGGAGUGAGGAUCUGCAGUGGAGUUUGGAGUGAGGAUCAGGAUCUGGAGUGAGGAUCAGGAUCUGGAGUGAGGAUCUGGAGUGGAGUUUGGAGUGAGGAUCACGAUCUGGAGUGGAGUUUGGAGUGAGGAUCAGGAUCUGGAGUGGAGUUUGGAGUGAGGAUCACGAUCUGGAGUGGAGUUUGGAGUGAGGAUCAGGAUCUGGAGUGGAGUUUGGAGUGAGGAUCAGGAGUGGAGUUUGGAGUGAGGAUCAGGAUCUGGAGUGGAGUUUGGAGUGAGGAUCUGGAGUGGAGUUUGGAGUGAGGAUCAGGAUCUGGAGUGGAGUUUGGAGUGUGGAUCAGAAGUGGAGUCUGGAGCGAGGAUCGGGAGUGGAGUCUGGUGCAAAGUGCCAGCAGACCAGAAUAAUCAACGACUACGUCAGGCUUUGCGUUCGUAUCGGAGUUGGGGGGGGGGGUUCCUGACGUUUUAUCUUCCAGACUCCCUCGCGUCUCCUGCGUCCUCGCGACGCCGGCAAAGAAGAGAUCAUCGGUGAAUCCAGGCAGUCGCAAGAUCCCCAAGUCCCAUUUAAACAGACGUCUCUCUCGGUUCGAACUCCACGCAAACCCUCUCGUGCGUCCCGUAAAGGAAGUUCAGAUGUCUGGGGCGUCGUCGGGAGAAUCCAGGCAGUUUCCAUGGAACCUGGUAACAGCGCAACUCUUUUGCCCAAGUUUGUUUUCACUACAGACGUUGCUACUGCGUUCGCAUCGCAGCUGGGGGUGGGUUAGGGGGGGUGUGUGUCCUAACGUUCUGUCUUCCAGAAUCCUCUCCAUGUUCUACUCUCGCUCAAAUCAAACAUCUCGGUACAGCUCCAGGCAGUGACGGGACAGGGAGCCAGAUAUGCAACCCCCUGCCGCUGUUACAACCAAGUCCUGGACAUGAGGGGCCAGAGACAACCAACAGCGUCCAUCAGGGAGUGUCAAUGUCUCUUGCUACCCACAGCAGCAGCAACAUUAUUACUAUGAACUGGUCACGAGCAGUGCUGCUAGGUAGCCACGAGUGUGAACACGGAGGUUGUGUUUAUCGUUGUCAAGGCAUGGCAGGUGGUGGUGGUGAAUGUGAAACGCAAGCUGACGCACAGAGCAAGCAGCGGCCGCACUGCUGUACAACACCAACCCAGCCCUGGGUGGAAGGGGGGAGAAGCCGUACGGCCAUUACCAUCCACCAGGGAGUGUCAAUGACUCGUGUACUUCCCGCACAGCAACUUUAUUUAUCAAUGGCAAUGAGCCUUGGCUGUGUAGCCCACACGUGGACAUACGGAGGUUGUGUUUAUCGUUGUCAAGGCUGAGCGGAUGACGGCGGUGGUGGUGAUGGGGAAUCGGACACGCUGGCAUCCAUUCCUGCCACCCCCAACUUUGAGAGAGAUGUCUGGGCGAGUUCUCAACCCAGGUAACCGUGCGAGUCUCCGGCCCGAUCCUCGGCCUUGCUCGCCAAACGAGCGAUGUGGAUGUUGUACUUGAGGUUAAACGCCGUUGCCAUUGGCAUUAUCAACGACUACUUCAGGCUUUGCGUUCGUAUCGGAGUUGGGGAGGGGGGGGGUCCUGACGUUUUAUCUUCCAGAAUCCCUCGCGUCUCCUGCGUCCUCGCGACGCCGGCAAAGAGCGGGAAGAGAGAUCAACGGUGAAUCCAGGCAGUCGCAAGAUCCCCAAGUCCCAUUUACACAGACGUCUCUCUCGGUUCCAACUCCACGCAAACCCUCUCGUGCGUCCCGUGAAGGUGUCUGGGCUUCGUCGCGGAGAAUUCGGGCCGGUUUCCGUGGCACCUGGUAAACACCACAAAUCUUCUCUGCCAAAAUCUAAUGCUUUUUUAAAUCCUUUAUAUUAAGUUCACUUGCUUGCGCGCUUACGACCGUGCAAAUCUUUUGGUCGUUUUUUAACCCACUUCCCGUGAUCCAAUCGAGCUGACAUUUUGCACACAGACUCGUUGUGCGAGACAAUUAAUGUUCGUGAAAAAAUUUUCCGUAAUUUUACACUUUUAUAGGGAAAAAUAUUUUUUAUUAUAUUUAAUUACCAAUUGCUUAAUGGUGGCAGGCAAUCAUCUGACCCAUAGGUGGCAGCCAUCUCAAGCCAGAGGACGAGAGGACUCUAGCCGCCACACAUAUAAAGGAUUUAUAGUGAAAAACUUUGUUUUUACGGGUUAAUUUUUCACACGUGAGUUUUUGUUAUUUUAUUUGUGUUCGUAUGUCGGGAGUUGACGGGGCGGGGAAGGGGGGUGGGUGUUGCAGACUCGCGUCUCCUGCGUGCUGGCAACAAGAACUGCAACGGGGUGGGGGGGGGAAGAGCGAGAGAGUUGACAGAGUUGAUGGGCGAAUCCGGGCGGUUACAGGAGCCCAGCACUGAUUUUACGCACGCAAACCCUCGCGUGUCUCUCCAUCAUCGCCUUGUGGAUGGUUGUGGUGGUGGUGGUGAUCAGGAGUGGAUUAUGGAGCGAGGAGCAGCAGUGGAUUGGAGUCUUGAUCUGGAGUGGAGUUUGGAGCGAAGAUCAGGAGUGGAGUUUGGAGCGAGGUUCUGGAGUGGAGUUUGGAGCGAGGAUCAGGAUCUGGAGUGGAGUUUGGAGCGAGGAUCAGGAGUGGAGUCUGGAGUGAGGAUCAGGAGUGGAGUGAGGAUCUGGAGUGGAGUUUGGAGUGAGGAUCUGCAGUGGAGUUUGGAGUGAGGAUCUGCAGUGGAGUCUGGAGUGAGGAUCAGGAGUGGAGUCUGGAGUGAAGAUCAGGAGUGGAGCGAGGAUCUGGAGUGGAGUUUGGAGUGAGGAUCUGCAGUGGAGUUUGGAGUGAGGAUCAGGAUCUGGAGUGAGGAUCUGGAGUGGAGUUUGGAGUGAGGAUCACGAUCUGGAGUGGAGUUUGGAGUGAGGAUCAGGAUCUGGAGUGGAGUUUGGAGUGAGGAUCACGAUCUGGAGUGGAGUUUGGAGUGAGGAUCAGGAUCUGGAGUGGAGUUUGGAGUGAGGAUCAGGAGUGGAGUUUGGAGUGAGGAUCAGGAUCUGGAGUGGAGUUUGGAGUGAGGAUCAGGAUCAGGAUCUGGAGUGGAGUUUGGAGUGAGGAUCACGAUCUGGAGUGGAGUUUGGAGUGUGGAUCAGAAGUGGAGUCUGGAGCGAGGAUCGGGAGUGGAGUCUGGUGCAAAGUGCCAGCAGACCAGAAUAAUCAACGACUACGUCAGGCUUUGCGUUCGUAUCGGAGUUGGGGGGGGGGGGGGGGGGUUCCUGACGUUUUAUCUUCCAGACUCCCUCGCGUCUCCUGCGUCCUCGCGACGCCGGCAAAGAAGAGAUCAUCGGUGAAUCCAGGCAGUCGUAAGAUCCCCAAGUCCCAUUUAAACAGACGUCUCGGUUCGAACUCCACGCAAACCCUCUCGUGCGUCCCGUGAAGGAAGUGGGAAUGUCUUCGGCAUCGUCGGGAAAACCCAGACAGCGAAUUUCCUGGUAACACCGCAACACCUUUGGCCGUGCAUUUGAAUUUGCCUUGCUGCUACUACUACAGGAUUUGGUUGUAUCGGGGAGGGGGGGAGGGGGGAGGGGCUCCUAACGUUCUAUGUUACAGGACCCCAGCAGUUGUGCCUAGCGCAGAUGUCUCGGUUCAACUCCACGCAACUUCCUCAGUGGAACUCCACACGGUCUCUGCAACUCAACGCAACCUUGAUGCAACUCCAACAGCGUCCACCAGGGAGUGUCCAUGUUUCUUGCUACCCACAGCAGCAUCAACAUUAUUACUAUGAACUGGUCGUGAGCAGUGCUGCUAGGCAGCCACGAGUGUGAACACGGAGGUUGUGUUUAUCGUUGUCAAGGCUCGGCAGGUGGUGGUGGUGAAUGUGAAACGCAAGCUGACGCACAGAGCAAGCAGCAGCACUGCUGUGCAACACCAACCCAGCCCUGGGUGGAAGGGGGGAGAAGCCGUACGGCCAUUACCAUCCACCAGGGAGUGUCAAUGACUCUUGUCCUUCCCGCACAGCAACUUUAUUUAUCGAUGGCAAUGAGCCUUGGCUGUGUAGCCCACACGUGGACAUACGGAGGUUGUGUUUAUCGUUGUCAAGGCUGAGCGGAUGACGGUGGUGGCGAUGGGCGGAAUGGGAGAUGCGCAACCCCCUGCCGCUGUUACAACCCAGUCCUGGACAGGAGGGGCCAGAGACACCCAACAGCGUCCAUCAGGGAGUGUCAAUGUCUCUUGCUACCCACAGCAGCAGCAGCAGCAUUAUUUAUGAUCAAUGGCAAUGAGCCGUGCUCUGUAGCCACGCGUGAGCAUCAUGGAGGUUGUGUUUUAUUAUUGUCAAGGCUGAGCGGAUGGUGGUGGUGGUGGUGAUGGGGAAUCAGACACGCUGGCAUCCGUUCCUGCCACCCCCAAUUUUGAGAGAGAUGUCUGGGCGAGUUCUCAACCCAGGUAACCGUGCGAGUCUCCGGCCCGAUCCUCGGCCUUGCUCACCAAACGAGCGAUGUGGAUGUUUUACUUGAGGUUAAACGCCGUUGCCAUUCUCAUUAUCAACGACUACUUCAGGCUUUGCGUUCGUAUCGGAGUUGGGGGGGGGGGGGGGGGGUCCUGACGUUUUAUCUUCCAGACUACCUCGCUUCUGUGUCCUCGCGACGCCGGCAAAGAGCGGGAAGAGAGAUCAUCGGUGAAUCCAGGCAGUCGCAAGAUCCCCAAGUCCCAUUUACACAGACGUCUCUCUCGGUUUGAACUCCACGCAAACCCUCUCGUGCGUCCCGUGAUGGUGUCUGGGCUUCGUCGCGGAGAAUUCGGGCCGGUUUCCGUGGCACCUGGUAAACACCACAAAUCUUCUCUGCCCAAAUCUAUCGCUUUUUGAAACGUGAGUUUUUGUUAUUUUAUUUGUUUCAGUUUCAUUCAUUAGGUUUUGCCCUGUGAGCCAUUCGGCUCUUGAUUUGGGUGUCAACCGCAACAAACAUUAAAAUGACAAGAUACACCUAAAAUUAAUUGUACGCAAAUCUGAACAUCGCAUUAUGUAAACAAUGAAAUGCUACAGAAAAAGCACAACCCAUCCUUUGUGCAUACAGAAAGUGCAAAAAAUUCCAUUUCUGUUUGAUCCCAAUAACAAUCCUACUACAAUACAGAUAAAAAAAAAUCUGUAAAUCUAUACUAAAUCAAAAAAAUCGGGCCAAACCAAUCCCCUCUAAAACUUACGUUGUAGUAACAGUUUUCCCAACAAAUGUGAUUGAAAGUUUACAAUAGCUACAGACACAACACACAUCUAAACGUAGCAUCCUUGGCUAGCUGCAUAAGUCAAUCCAUGACAGCCGGAUUAACAAUAGCAGUAGCAGCGCGCUAUAAUCACAAUACAUAACAAGUUAAUACGUCGGUCAUCUACAGCUCUAUUUAUUAUUUCAGGCCACUGCGUUCGCAUCACAGCUGGGAAUCGGUUGGGGGGGGGGGGUGUCCUAACGGUUUAUCUUCCAGAAACCUCUCCCUGGUCUACUCUCGCUCAAACGUCAAACAUCUCGGUACAGCUCCAACGAAAGGAAGCCCCAACGGGGCAGAGAUCCCAGUCCUGAACAGGAGGGGCCAGAGACAACCAACAGCGUCCAUCAGGGAGUGUCAACGUCUCUUGCUACCCACAGCAGCAGCAGCAGCAUUAUUUAUGAUCAAUGGCAAUGAGCCGUGCUCUGUAGCCACGCGUGAGCAUCAUGGAGGUUGUGUUUAUUAUUGUCAAGGCUGAGCGGAUGGUGGUGGUGGUGAUGGGGAAUCAGACACGCUGGCAUCCGUUCCUGCCACCCCCAACUUUGAGAGAGAUGUCUGGGCGAGUUCUCAACCCAGGUAACCGUGCGAGUCUCCGGCCCGAUCCUCGGCCUUGCUCACCAAACGAGCGAUGUGGAUGUUGUACUUGAGCACCAAUGGAACAUUACAUUCUCCCAAACACAGCUGGCAGAAGUUGCAGAGCUUGCUUUCCAACAAGGGCAUUCAAUUGAUUUUGAUAACGUUGAAGCGUUAUGCGGAACUAAUUAUUGCUGGCCAAGAUUAGUUGGAUAAUUGAAAUCUAGAAGAAUUCAAAUAAUUUCAACCGCUGUGAUGGCUACAGACUCGGCGCAGCCUGGAAGCUUCUUAAAUCUUUAGUGGCUCCAGGAAUUCAUAUUCUUUGGGUCUUUCGGUGAAGCCGCGUGACUUUACCGAAUGUAUUAAGUAAUACACAACACACAUUGCAAUGCCUUACAUGUGUGUCGCUAAGUGGCUGAUUACUGAUCUAUUACUUAGUUGCAUAGCCCCUCACCGCUGCCUCUGAUCUCGAAUCCUGAAGGGGUUCAACAACGACGAUGACAUCGUCAUCCUGCACUGUUUGUUUACGACCAGAAGCAGGUGGAUGGCUUCACUAUUCUGGCAAAUCGCACCGAACGUGCCGGAUGUAGUUUCCAGCGAAACGUCGCUGUUACUCGGAUUGUAAAUGUGGAUUCACUCUUUAACACACCGGCGGGCUAAAGUAAUGAACUCUCUUUUUUGUCAACGUGACACAUUUUUUUACCAAUUGGCCGUGUCGGGUGGUGGCGGGUUUCAACGACACAUUUAAUAUAUUCACGAGAUCCAACCCAACAACAACAACAACAACUCUGUUAUGUCUUCUUGGUUCUUUCGGUAAAGUCAUCACGUAGAAUGGAAAUAAUGAAAAUAAAACAAUCAAAUAAUUCUCACGACGUUUCGGCCACAACGCAAGCAGCCGUCCUCAGGUGGAGAACAGGUCUGUCGAGAAGACAGUCUGAAUGCGUUGUGGCCGAAACGUCGUGAAUUAAUUAAUUGUUUUAUUAUUAUUAUUUUAUUAUUUCCCUUCUACGUGAUGACUUCACCGAAAGAACCAAGAAGAUGAAUCCCUGCUGCAGUCACGAAAUCUUUAAAUCGAAAUUUAACUCUGUUACGCUUUUACAAACGUUGCGUUGCCACGGAAUUAGCGUUCUCACGUCGUGAGUUGGGGCUGGGUAGGAGGAAGGGGGGUGGGGAGGGUUGCUGUGUCCACGCCGUGUCUUGCAGACUCCCUCGCGUCUCCUGCGUGCUCGCGACGGCAGCAGCAGCAGCAGAGAGGGAUCGUCGGUGAACCCAGGCGGUGGCAGGAGCACCACCAAGUUUGAUUCACACGGACGUCGCUCUCGCUUGGAACUGCGCGCAAACCCUCGUGUGUGUGUGUGUGUGAGUAUGUGUGAGUGUGUGUCUGUCGUGCGCCGAUGUCUGGGCGUUGUCGUCGGAGAAUCCAGGCCGCUGUCUGGGGCACCUGGUGACUACGGAAUAAAUCCUCCGGCACGAAUCCA